ACUUUCUAAGAUGGCAUCUUCAACACCUAACCAGCAGAACCUAGGCAGUCAUCCUAUCCAACAAAAUAUACGUCAGUUCCUUUCCAAUUUUCCACUAAAAAUUCAUAGGCCUCUUUACAAAAAUCGGGAACUUUCAGGACCAACGUUAUACAUGUGGGGGCCUGGUUGGAAGACAGCUCAAGAAACUUCUUUUGACCAAGAAUGUUUAAAGUGGCAGGCUUAUUUGAAAUUUAGCGGAAUUGAUUUCGAUGUUAGGAAUGCCAAUGAGCCAUUAAUAUCUCCGUCAGGCAAACUUCCAGUUUUUAUAAUUCCACCUUGUGAAAUUCUUGUCGAAGAUCGACUAAAAGAUUACGUGGAUAAUCAUAAAACGGGCCAAAUUGGUGAAAUAACUGAUGAACGACAUCAAGCAGAAUGUCAGGCAUUUAUAGCACUAGCUGAAACAAAAUUGAGAAAUGCACUGCUUUACACUCUUUGGUGUGAUCCCGCUUAUGAACCAUACACACAUAAAAAGUAUUGUGGACAUUAUGCCAAACCACUGGAUAAAAUAAUAAUGUAUCAGGCAAAAAAUGAAGCAAUCAAGGAAAUAUUGACCAGGAAGCCCGUGUUGAUCCGAGAUGAGAUAUAUCAAGAUGCUGCUGAUGCGUUGCAAGCAAUUUCAGUAACAUUAGGAAAGGAUGGAUACUUUUUUGGUACAAGAUCGCCAACUUUCAUUGAUGCCGUUAUUUUUUCAUAUAUUCAUACUGUUUUAUCGCUUCCUGUUACUUCGUCUAAUGACCUUAUUCAAUUA